AUGAAGAUCCGGAGGUUGUUCAAGUACCACAGUUUGAAGAAAAAGCCCAUCAGGCCGACAUGGAACAAAUAUAACCUGUACAACCUGGCUACGGCCGGGAGAGAACCCAGAAUCAGCGGCAAGACAUUCUUCCAGCAGAAAUGGCUCGCCAAGUCCUUGACACGAGCAUACCACGGCGAGCACAUCAAGGAACGCAAAUGGGCGCGCAUGUUUAGCCGUCGCCUACCGGCCGUCGUCAACAUGGACCCGGCAUACAUGGCCAAAUAUAACGGCAGCGAACAAGCCGCCGGCCGCGGUUCCGGCCUCUCAGAGCCCCCAGCCUACGAGAAGACCGCCGACGAGAAACCUGCCAAGCAAGUCAUCGCCAACCCGGGCAGGAAGGUUCCCACGCCGUACGAGCAAAUGACCUUUGCGCCUCUCGAGAGACGCCUCGAUAUCGCCAUAUUCAGAGCCCUCUUUGCCAGCAGUGCGAGACAGGCCCGCCAGAUGGUUGUGCACGGUGCCGUCACCAUGAAACACCCCGGUUACCUCCUGAACCCUGGCGAUCUCUUCCAAGUCGACGUCGAGCGCGUCCUCUAUGCGACCGGUGCGCCCAAGGACAAGAAGCUCCUCGCCGCGGCUAUGAAGGCCGCCAAGAAGGAACUUGCGGAGGAAGCACAGGAAGCCGCCGAAGAGAACGAUGCGGAGGCCGAGGAGGCCGAGGAAGGAGAGGCACAAGAAGCAACCUCCAAGUCCGGCAAGAAGGAGAAGCAAGUCGACACCUCCAAGUUCGACGAGGCCUGGAACCGCAAGUACGAACUCCUGCAGCUCCAACGUCUGCUGCAGUACGCCAAGCACAUCGCCGACUCGCCGUCUCACCAGCUCUCCGCGACGCGCAAGCAAGCCUUGCGCGCUUUGAAGCGCGACAUCAAGGCCGCCAUCAAGCAAGCGCAGCGGCGCGACGGGUCCGUUUCGCCAACCGGUAACGUGGUGGACGACCUGACGAUGCUUCUCGAGCGCCUUGCGGUCUCCCCUUCCAAGGCCAUCCAGCAGGAGGAGGCGGCCAAGGAGCUGAGCAAGAAGCUUGACAAGCAGUCGCGCCAGGUGCUCAAGAAGGUGAUCGAGUACAACGACGAGCACGAAGACAACGAGAUCGACCCGAGCAAGCCGUACAUGACCCCCUGGAGGCCGCGCAACUACAUGUCCGCCUUCGCGUUCAUCCCCCGCUACCUCGAGGUCAACCAAAACAUUUGCGCGGCCGUCUACCUCCGCCACCCCGUGGCGCGCCCGGGCGAGUCCGAAGUACCGUCGCCUUUCUCCCCCACUAUCAACCAACUCGCGUUCAACUGGUACUUGCGGAGAGGUUGA